AUGACGGAGUUCUUCCCCAGGCUGUGGGAGACGCACUAUGACCGGCAGGUGGGCUGCGACCCCCUGGGCAAGCAGACGGAGCACAUGUUCCCGACUGGCCAGCAGGUCCACCACGCGACAAGCGGCGUGACCAUGAGGCUGCUGUGGCCCGGCUGCUUCGCCAGCGUGCGCCGCAAGCUGGAUAUCGCCGUGGGCUUCGGCCGCAGCAUCCGGGAUUUCAGGCCCUUUCCCAGAGAUCCGAAAUAUUGUCUUUUCAAUACGUGGUCCGAGGAAGUCCCGACCCAUUCCCCAGGGCCGCCCUUUCAUCCCGAGCAGUGUUCUGACUGUCCUGGGGAGGCCGAAAACUACGAAAAAACGCUGUCUUGA